GGACAAGAUGUGGUGAUUGUUCUAGUGUAUGUGAAUGAUUUACUCAUCACUGGAAGCAGCACUGAGUUGAUUGAUGAAGCUAAAGGGGUGUUGCACAAAAAAUUCAAAUUAAAAGAUCUAGGAGAGCUCACGUACUUCCUUGGUAUAGAAGUCUUGAGGUCUAAGUCAUGUGUCAUCCUAAAUCAAAGGAAGUAUGUAUUGGAGUUGGUUUACGAUCUAGGCCUAAGUGGUGCUAGGGUGGCCAACACACCUUUGGAAUCCAGUCUAAAGCUAACAACUGUGGAGUAUGACAAGGCAGUUGGAAUCAAAGGUGACGAAAUGCUGGAAGACAUCAACAAAUACCAUAAGUUAAUUGGGAGGCUAAUGUAUGUCACUAUCACAAGACCUGAUAUCAAUUUUGCAGUUCAAACACUCAGCUAG